ACUAAAACAGUAUCCAUGAAAUCAUCACCAUGCAUGUGGCAUGUGCUAUCCCCUUCUUCCACGCUUUAGAUUUGGCUUAUCAACAUUACAGAAUUUUCCAGCAAUUUUUAAUUACUCAUCUUCAUGAUUUAAUUAAUUUCCUCCUCAUUGAUUCUUUUUCCACCACAUCAUUGCUAAGAACCUCAAAUACUCAUCAUAACAAAUUUUCCUUAUAAAACCCACCAUUACAUUCCUUCUAGCUUUGCAUUAAUACAUUAAUACUAGAGAUAAUCAUCAUUAUCAUCAAUAAUGUUGAGAAUACUUGUAUCCAUUGCAUUAAUCUCAACCCUUGUUCAUACAUCAUCUUCAAGUUACUCUCCCGCCACACAAAAAUCCAUAAACACAUACAAGAAAUUCAUAAAGGAUGAGUGCAAUUCAACCACAUACCCUAAUUUCUGUUACAACUACUUGUCACACUACGCGUGGCAAGUCAAAACAAACCGCGUCACACUCACAAAAGUAGCCGUUAACAUAACGGUAAUGAUUGCGAAGAGCUCGUUCAAAACGCUGACAAAACUAUCCAAAUCGACGAGCCUAACAAAAGCGGAGAGUUCGGUGCUGGCGGAUUGCCGGGAUAACAUAGACGACACGGUGGACCGGCUGCAGCAGUCUGCAAAGCAGUUGGCGCGGCUGAACGGAACGAGGACGGUGGAGGAGAGGUUUGAAUGGGAUAGCAUAAAGACAUGGAUGAGUGCUGCAAUUACGGAUGAGUACACUUGUACGGAUGGAAUCGGUGAAAUGAAAGUGAGGGUUCCAUUGCAGAAGAAGAUCCAAUCCAGUAUUGCUAAUGUUGCUUGGAUGAAUAGCAAUGCUCUCGCUCUUGUUAACAAGAUUUCUUACUAGAGAUCCAUCAAUCUUAAUUAGAUUAUUUGAAUGAAUUCAAGUUGAUGAAUACUUGUGUACAAUUAUUUUCAUGUGAAGUUGAUAGUUGAAAAAUAUAAUUUAACUAAUUUAAUGAUUUUUAAUUAACAACUUCACAUAAAUACGACUACGACUCAUUUGCACAUGAGUUUCUACCAUUCAAGUUAUAUACAUACACUAUAGAGUAGUGUUUUUCUUCGUAUAUGUGUUUAAUGGUUCCUAUCAAGUUAAUUCAUUCUGCUUUUAGUGAUUAGUCUUGUUUUGCAUGCAU